AUGGAUUUGCUUCUCAACCUCGACCUGCUGUCCUUGGUUACCAAGGUUAGCACCGAGCUGCAAAACCACGUCGGUGUUAGCGACAGGACCCUUGCCGAGUUUCUCAUCGCGCAGCGCGUCGAAAGCAAAUCUUCCGAUGAGUUUCGCAAGAAGCUCGACGGCAUCGGCGCCGACUUCCCGCCGAGUUUGGUCGACAGCCUGGAUCGCCUGGUGGUCUCGCUGCACCCCAAGUUCAAGAAGCCAGACGGUGGAGCGGCAAAUGGCGAAGAAGAGCAUCACCACACCCGGACGCUGGAGGAGAAGGAGAAGAUCUUCAGCGGGCUGUCGCUUCCAGACAGACAGGUCGAGAACGACGAGGCAGAUGCCAUAGACGACACCCUGGCCCUGCUCGAAGGGCUAGACGGGAAAGCCGGCAAAUCGAAGGCGACGAGGAAACGAAGUCGCAGCCCGGAGGACGACCUGAAGGAGCCGAGACGAAGGCGGCGCGACAGGUCACGAUCACGAGAGAGGCGCAAGAAGGACAGGUACCGGUCACGGUCGCGCUCGCAAGAUCGAGGCGACGAGGACUGGCGGGAUGGGUUCCGCGACUCACGGAAAGACAAGAGAGGACGGAGGCGGUACGACGAUGACGAACGACACGAACGACACGACCGACUCGAUAGACCGCCGGAGCCCGAAGUCGAUGAAACACCACAGAUGCACAAGAUUUAUGAGGGUCAUGUCACGGGACUCAAAGAUUUCGGCGCCUUUGUCAACCUGCACCAUGUGCGAGGCAAGGUCGACGGUUUGGUACACAUAUCUCGACUAGCUGCCGGGCAGCGUGUCAACCAUCCGUCAGAUUUGCUCUCCAAGGGGCAGCACGUGUUCGUCAAGGUCACAAGUAUCGAGGGACACAGGAUAGGCUUGUCCAUGAAGGACGUGGACCAGGAGACGGGCAUGGAUCUCGAACCUCAAGCCCGGUUCACGACCGGUGCCAACAUGGAGGCUCUUGGUGGCGGCGCCAGGAACGGCUUUGCGCCGGAGCCUGCUGCGAUGCCGCGCGACACGCUUGGGCCUCCGAAACGCCAGAAGAAGCGCAUGACGUCUCCUGAAAGGUGGGAGAUCCGGCAGCUCAUCGCGUCUGGAGUGGCCAAGGCGUCCGAUUACCCCGACCUGGAAGAGGAUUACAACGCCACGCUGCGUGGAGAUGGCGAGUUAGAGCUGGAAGAAGACGUGGACAUCGAAGUUCGAGAAGAAGAGCCACCGUUCCUUGCCGGCCAGACCAAGCAGUCACUAGAGCUGUCGCCGAUCCGAGUCGUCAAGGCACCUGAUGGAUCCAUGAACCGAGCAGCCAUGUCCGGAACGAACCUUGCCAAGGAGAGAAAGGAGUUGAAGCAGCAAGAAGCCGAUGCGGCGGCGAAGGAGGAGCCCAAGGAGAACCUGGCAGCGCAGUGGCACGACCCCAUGGCGGACCCCGACAAACGCAAGUUUGCCAGCGAUUUGAGAAGCGCCAGGCCAAAUGUCAAGAACGAAGAGGCGCCUGAGUGGAAACAGGCCGUCAUUCCCAAGGGCCAACCACUCGGCAAGAGAACAUCGCUGAGCAUCAAGGAACAGCGAGAGUCGCUGCCUGUUUACGCGUUCCGCAACCAGCUCAUCAAGGCAGUCAGGGAAAACCAGAUCCUGAUUGUUGUUGGUGAGACCGGCUCAGGAAAGACGACUCAGCUCACACAGUAUCUGGCAGAAGCGGGCUUCGCCAAUGACGGAAUCAUCGGAUGCACGCAACCCCGUCGUGUCGCCGCCAUGUCCGUGGCCAAGCGCGUGGCUGAGGAGGUUGGCUGCAAGCUGGGCGAGGACGUCGGCUACCUCAUCCGGUUCGAAGAUUGCACGAGCCCGUCUACGAAAAUCAAGUACAUGACGGACGGUAUGUUGCAGCGAGAGAUUCUCAUGGAUCCCGAUAUGAAACGGUAUUCAUGCAUCAUGCUUGACGAGGCGCACGAGCGCACCAUCGCGACAGAUGUGCUGUUUGCUCUCCUCAAGAAGGCGCUCAAGCACAGACCUGACCUCAAGGUCAUCGUCACUUCGGCCACCCUCGACGCUGACAAGUUCUCGGCAUAUUUCAACGAGUGCCCGAUUUUCACGAUUCCUGGACGAACGUUCCCCGUCGAGAUCUUGUACUCAAGAGAGCCGGAAUCGGACUAUCUGGAUGCAGCUCUCGUCACGGUGAUGCAAAUUCACCUGACGGAACCCAAGGGUGACAUCCUGCUGUUCUUGACAGGACAAGAGGAAAUCGACACGGCUUGCGAGAUCCUUUUCGAGCGGAUGAAGGCUUUGGGACCGAGCGUACCAGACCUUAUUAUCCUGCCCGUUUACUCACAAUUACCCACCGAGAUGCAGAGUCGCAUCUUUGACCCGGCGCCUCCGGGUAGCCGCAAGGUGGUGAUUGCCACCAAUAUCGCCGAGACGUCCAUCACGAUUGACGAAAUCUAUUACGUCGUGGACCCGGGUUUCGUCAAGCAGAACGCCUACGAUCCGAAGCUGGGCAUGGACUCGCUGGUCGUGACGCCCAUUUCUCAGGCUCAAGCGAACCAGCGAGCUGGCCGAGCCGGUCGCACAGGCCCAGGCAAAUGCUUCCGCCUGUAUACCGAAGCGGCGUACCAGUCCGAAAUGCUUCCGACCACGAUUCCCGAGAUCCAGCGACAGAACUUGGCGCAUACGAUCUUGAUGCUUAAAGCCAUGGGCAUCAACGACCUGCUGCACUUCGACUUCAUGGAUCCGCCGCCCAUUAAUACAAUGUUGACAGCCCUGGAGGAGCUCUACGCCCUGAGCGCCUUGGACGACGAAGGGCUUCUGACGCGGCUGGGCAGAAAGAUGGCCGACUUCCCCAUGGAGCCGUCACUGGCCAAGGUACUCAUCGCGGCGGUGGACUAUCAGUGCUCCGACGAGAUGCUCAGCAUCGUGGCCAUGCUCAACCUGCCCAACGUCUUCUACCGGCCCAAGGAGAAGCAGCAGCAAGCCGACCAGAAGAAGUCCAAGUUCCAUGACCCGGCCGGCGACCACCUCACGCUGCUCAACGUGUACAACUCGUGGAAGCACAGCGGCUACUCCAACCCGUGGUGCUUCGAGAACUUCAUCCAAGCCCGCUCCAUGCGCCGCGCCAAGGACGUCCGCGACCAGCUCCUCAAGAUCAUGGACCGGUACCGCCACCCCGUCGUGACGUGCGGCCGCGACACGCAAAAGGUCCGUCGCGCGCUGUGCACGGGCUUCUUCCGCAACGCAGCCCGCAAGGACCCCCAGGAGGGCUACAAGACGCUCACCGAGGGCACGCCCGUCUACCUGCACCCGUCGUCGGCGCUGUUCGGCAAGCAGGCCGAGUGGGUCGUCUACCACACCCUCGUCAUGACCACGAAGGAGUACAUGCACUGCACCACCAGCAUCGAGCCCAAGUGGCUCGUCGAGGCGGCGCCCACGUUCUUCAAGGUCGCGCCCUCGGAUAAGCUCAGCAAGAGGAGACAGCAGGAGAGGAUCCAGCCCUUGUACAACAAGUACGCGGGCGAGGACGACUGGCGGCUCAGCGCCCAGCGGAGGGGCGGCAGGGGCGGCGGUGGCGGCGGCACUUGGGGUUAA